UCCAUUGGCAUAGUGUCGAGUUGAUAAUGAGUGAAUUAAAACUUUUCAGUGAACUAUCCCUUUAAGGAGAUAACAUCAGACAUCAAUUUUGUCAAAAUCAUGAAUCCCCAAAAAUGACUUUGACCCAAACCUAUUAACUUUCGGACGUAAUUUUUAACUUGCUGCCAUGUUUCAUAACCUGACCUGUAAACUACAUGCUGAUUCGCUGAAUAAAUUCAUCAGGUUGUGUUUAAGGAAAGUACUGGCAUUUGAUAUUUUAUGCUGUAAACCGAACUUGCAAUGCCUUGACAACAGACAGUAACAAGUUUUAUACAUAAGGUCAAACAUGCAUUAAAACUGUAAAAUGUGAUAAGAGUCUAAUACGUUUGGCAAUGGCAAUAUACGUCUUGACUUUGUUUUACCUUGUUGCCCUGCCAUUUAUUCACUUUGUGAAGAGAGUUGAUAAAUGUUAAACAUUUUCAGUUUGACCUUUUUAAAGGAAUGUUGACUUUGUAAACAUUGUCUGGGUAUGUCAAGGCUAUUGCUCUGCUGAUAAGCUAUUAGCUAUGGUGUUGAUCUUGAAAAUACAAGUCCAAUGAGCUAUUAGCUGAGUUAGGUUAUUAUUUAGUAAUGGCUCAUAUAAAACCUUAUGAAAUGUGUAACGUAAAGGCACGUCGGCCUGUAGUGAAGAUGCUUCUCUCUAACCUACAAACAACUUAUUCAUGAUAGGUUUAGUCUAAAAACAAAUACUAAUUGCUGUUCAUGAAUAAGUUACGAUGCAUUAUCCCAACCAGGGUCUGUACCACUGCUUUAGUUUGCUCUGCAUACAAAUGAGAGCUAUUAGCUAGGAUGAUGACUCUAAUGACUGAACUCUGGCUUAAAGUUGUAUGCUGCAGUUCACCUCUCAACAAACUUUGUCCAUUCACAAGUGUGAAUGUUUCUCCUUCUCACAGAGCAGACAGAGUUCAGCUAUUCAGCACAUCCAGAAGUGACUUAAUGGGCCUAAGCUAUUGGACUCAGAGAUUAAGUGGUGUCAGAUAUUCUCUGUUUGAACUGAAUAGUGGGUGUGGGAAAGACAACUACUACCACCACCAUCAUCAUCUUCCUGUGAGGUCCACUAUUCAAAAGCAGAGGCAGGGCCAGUGGUAACGUAAGGACUUUUCAUGGUUGACGUCUUUCAGACACCUCACCUGUCUUCCUAAUUGUAAAAAAAAACUUUACAGUGUCCUGUUAAUGCAUGGCUAAUAGCUGACUCAUGUAGGUCUUACUAGACAUUACAUUGACUAUUUGCUUUUGGUACUUAGCAGAAAGUCUAAUGGAAGAUAACCUGACAGCAUAUACAAUGAAUGCUGUACUAUUUUUCAUGUCGUUUCACGUUUGUCAUUUCACCCUGGCUUGGAGACCAUCCACAAACCUGGCUCCAACACCAGUAUAUGCGUUCGGACUGAAUAUGAAAGAUAAUUGUGGGUUUUGGCUGUGGGCAAAGUCACCUCACUUAUUUUAUUUAAACAGUAUUAAUGAUUGAGGACACAUUUUUGAGUGGUUGUUCACACAUAUACAAUCUGUCCUCAAGUAGACUCUCUGACCCUGAAACCAAAGGAGAUUCCUUCAAGGGUCCGUCCAGCUGUGAUACAUUCCAAGCUUGAUAAGUUCUGUAUUUUCUCAGGCUACAGCCAACUAACUGAGCAGUCGACUUUAACUAUGUUGUGAUGUUGUUUCUUCUCGUAUUUAACACAUUCCUAUGGCAUUUUGUCCCCCCAAAAACUCACAAGUAUAUUAUUAGAGAAAGCAUAAAUGGAGAAAGAAUCAAUUGCAUAAUAAAUAAUAAAAUACAUAUAAGGUUUGUUGUGGUUUUCUUAGUUUGAGAAGCAUCCAGGUCGAACAAAGCUGUUGUGUCGGUAACUUAAGUCAACCAUGUCAUGUCAGAUGGGGACAUUUAAAGUAAAUUGUCAUUGUAACAGUCAUUAUUUGAAGUCUAAGUGGUUUUCAUGUACAAAACAAAGCCUAUUAGUUCUUCAACAGAAGCUCCAACUUUAUAGUCCCACAAACAGAACGGAAGAACAGCUGAAGGGUGGAUAUUCCUCUAUCCAGUACAGGAGGUGCUGUUGCUGAAACAAACACGCAAAAGUUUAUUUGAAAUUCUUGAUAUUUUAAAACUUUCCUUACUGAAUAUUGGAAAUAUUGUAAACAUAUAUACAAUGUUUUUUAAUGGUCUUUUAGUGUUUCUGAUAUACAGUUAAAAGACUAACAAGUUCAAGGGCAUCACUUUUGAACAAACCCAUUAGCAAACAUCAAAAAUCAAAAAAAAUCUGAAUCAAGUCAUCCUGCUACAGCAAAUGGACUGGUAACAAAAUGGCCAUUCAUCCUGACUAUCAGUUUAAUCACAUAUAGGGCAAAUUCAACUUGACAACUUCUUGAGUCACAACAUUCAGGGAAGUUAUGUUGCGUAAUGUUUUUAAACAUUGGAUUCUUGACGUCAAAAGUCCCAAACCACCAUCAAAGAAUAUAUAAUGCCUAAAUUAGAUUGUAGAUAAUGUAGCCUUUUUUUCUACCAUUAAUGUUAUUAUCUUUAAAGGUAACUUUGCAAUAUAUUCUUAACCUUUGAGCACUUAAUUAAUCGUUGCUUACUUUAUUGACAUGAAAUGUAAAGGUAGAGCCUGAAUAAAAUGUUCUUUCUUAGAGUUUUGCAAUCUGAGCUUCUAAUACCUCCUUAUGUCUGAGACAGCUCACAGCCUGAGGCUACGAAUAUGUGGUGGGAGAUCAAAAUCCCUGGAUGUACCUGGUUUCCAAUUUAAUUUAGAAGAAAGAUGCCUCGAAACUCUGUCCCAAUGUUCUGCAUUUAUGGUGAUUAAAUCCGGAUGUGGAUGAAUAUGGGCUAGAGCAAAUAACUAUGAAAUACAAAUAAAAAUCGCUGUCAACACUGCAAACGAAGUGACAUGCAGUUGCAUGCAUAGCCCACCCAGCAUGUGUGCACACCUGCACGUGCACACUUUAUGUUUUCAACACUGUCCACAUGUAUCUCUGUAGCAGGUGAAAAAUAUCUCAUGUAUCACCUGUGUUACUGCAGUUAGGCUUUUGAUCUUGGUGAGUGUUGGCACGUUUCUGGUUCAGUGGCUACUGCUCUUGCGGGAUUUGAGUCUCACUGUCUAAGACCCUGACUGACGGUAACACUGGAGACGUGUGCUACAUCUCCAAACUUUUCCGGUGGGCAGGGAACUGGAAAACUCUCCCGACAAAGCUUGUCAAGUGACAAAUGAAAGGAUCUUUGCUAUACCUUUUAUUAUUAAGCCAUAUCUGUGCUUCAGUUGUUUCUCUGGAUUUUCAAAAAAGUUUUACAUGAUCUCUAACAUUUUUAUUGCCAUGAUGUUGUUUUGAACUCCAUAUAUGGACAGAUAAUUCUCCCUGGCAGGAUCUGUGAUCUAUCUACAUAAGUAUUUGUUUUAGUUAGGGCAAGGCCUCUGUGAUUGGUUGUCUAUGGUGGGGGUCAAAACAAGACUGCCUUACACAAAUGUGUCGAGAGCACAAAGGGAUGUUUGCUUUUGGCCAUGUUUUGACCUCACUAACUCUGCUGGACUCAGCCUGUAUCUUAAAAUAACUUGCUACGUGUUCUGCUGAAAUCUCUCAGACAUACCUUGCUGCUGUAGGACUUGUUUACCAUGGUGAAACUGAUCUGUCCCUGGUGUUGGAGAUUACAGGCCUAGACGGGGGCUACUUGUGUACCUCAGUGCUAUCUGGUCGAUUUAUCUGAAGCAUCAACCUUUCAGGAUGAAGUGUGGCAGGACAGCUGGCUGCAGUCGGAGGAUGCCCUGUGGCUUUGUCUGAAUCAGCGUGUUCUGGUUCCUUCAGACCUGUAACACUCAAGACAGCAAGGCACACAGCCUGGCAGGUUCCAGCGGUAGGUGCUCUCUGCUCCACCAGCUUUGACUCGAUGGCUGCCACAGCUGCUGCUUGAUUCAUUGCUGUCCAGCAUCCCCUACAUUUGAGGCUAAAGAAUUCAUCAUUCAUCAUUGUGAUACUACAGUAAGGUCCUGUGGCCUUUAGCUUCAUGGCGGGUUUUCCUGUCCAUUGACCCAGUGGGCUGACUUACUGGACCAGUAACCAUGUCUGCCUGCAGCACAUUCACAGAACACGUGUGGAAACCAGGCGAGUGCAAGAACUGCUUUAAACCUAAAAGUCUGCACUGUCUGGUUCAGAGUGGUGGAGGAAAGCCUCCCUCUGAGCAGAGGCCUUCAACAAUUCAGCAACAGAAUCCACUCACUGCUGGGGCCAGAGCCAUCCCUCACCUUACCAACUCUCAGAGGGCCGUUAGUGGGUCGGCUCGAUCAGGAAACUUUCGCCCACCGGUAGCUAAGAAGCCAACCAUUGCUGUUAAGCCUACUAUGAUGCUGCCCUGCUCCUCUGCAGGGCUAGAUUUAGAUGGCAACCUUCAACCACCACCAAAUGUAAUAGAACAGGGCAAAGCAUCUGCCUUUAGAGUCUGGAAUCGCAAUGGACUGAACCGUAAAUCACCUAGUGGGCCCAGAAACAACAACGAAGGAGAGGAUGGCAAUGAGGAGAUUGAGGGCUAUGGACAACUUAGCCCGAGGACUCCUAGUGGAAAUAAUAACAAUAGUGGACUGACAGAUGUCCUAAAGGAGAUUGCUGGGUUAUGUCCUGCCCGUAGUACUCCACCCCUUUCUGGCUCCAAGGACAUGUUUUGGGGACGAAUCAGUAGUUCAUACCAACGGUCCUUGGAAAGAGGUCUUCUAGCCUCAAGCUGUCUGGCCAUGGGAAGCAGCAGUAGUGGUGGUUGUGGAACUGCUCAAAAACGGGUAUCCCUUAGUGACAGCGCCAAGAUCAUUAGCAAAGAGGGUGGUCGCUUUUGCUACCCAGAGUUUUCCAGUGAAGAUGAAGAUGAUGAGGAUGAGAGCGAAGAGACUGAAAGGGAUGAUGAUGAUGAACAUGAGAGCUGGGAUGAAAGUGAUGAAGAGUUACUAUCCAUGGAGAUCCGUAUGAGAGGCCAACCACGCUUUGCAAAUUUCCGAGCUGCCACAUUGUCUCCAGUUCCCUUUGCUGUUGGGAAAAAAUGGAAUACUGUGCCUCUUCGGAAUCGCUCACUUCAGCGGAUUUGUGCAGUGGACUACGAUGAUAGUUAUGAUGAGAUCUUAAAUGGAUACCCUUCCAUGGACUCGAGUGGAGCUCUCUUUCCCUAUGGGUCACAUAACAUGCAAGGCAGUUGUUUCCUAUCAACCUCAGAGUCUACCACUUCUCCAGAAUCAUCAUCAUCGCUACCAGAGGAUUCUCGAACAACUUCCAGCAGUGGGAGCAGUGCCCCCUUUGCUUUUAGAAAUGGCCUGCAUUCUCCCACCUCCCCUAAGGCACAGGUCCCCAUCACUUCUCCUGCAAAAAAGGAGCAUGUCCACAGAGCACUGAGUCCACUGAAGGUGAAUGAAACACACAAGGCUGUCCUGGCCAUUAGAUUAGAAGACCAGGAUGGCAGAGAAGGCCUGCCAAUGCCCCAGGCACUUCCAGGUCAACCAGUGACUAUUAGUUUUAGUCCCACAGAGGAGCAAGCAAAACCAUACCGUGUAGUGAACUUGGAAAAAUCGCUGAUCUGUAAGCCUUACACUGUAGUGGAUGUGUCAGCAUCCAUGGCCAACAAAGACGAACAAAUUCCAGACUCUACUCCAAAACCACAAAACCUGUCGAUGCCCUCCAGCCCUACAUCAUUCUGCAGCGCUCCUUUAGGUCAGCCUCUGUCUCCAAAAUCCCCUAUUUCUCCAUCUUCUUCUGUGAUGCCAACAUCACCCUCAUCUGUUGCUCCAUCAGUUACCUCCCGAAAGAAAUCUGGGAGUAUACGCUAUCAAGAAGUGUGGACAUCAAGCACAAGUCCUCGCCAAAAGAUACCUAAAGUAGAUUUAGGUGUUGGGCCUGGCCCCUCUAUCCCUACACAACACUGCAGCCACAAGUCAGCUCCCACUUCUCCAAUUGCUGGGCUGUCUUCCUCCCGAACUGUACCUGUGAAAUCCCCUAACUUAUCAGAGAUCAAGUUCAACAGUUUCAAUAAUGCAGGCAUGCCACCCUUUCCCAUUAUUAUUCGCGAUGAGCCAGCCUAUGCCCGCAGCUCCAAGAAUGCAGUCAAAGUACCUAUUGUUAUCAAUCCAAGUGCAUAUGACAAUUUAGCUGUAUACAAGAGCUUCUUAGGACUCAGUGGGGAAAUCCCACAGCCAAAGGGGGUAGGUAAUAGGGUAGCCAGCCAUACAUAUGAAGAGAUUGGUUCCUCUGAGAGUGUCCAAUCCUCCUCAACAGAGAAAACUAUCUCUGGUACAGGCACAUCAGAGAGAGCCUCUUUUGAAGAGAUAAAAACCCCAGCGGAAGCAGCAUCCAAAGUACCAAAUUUACAACCUAGAACCACUACAGACUCUAGCACUGUGACAAGCACUGUGUUGAGCUCCAAAGUUGGGGCCCUCUCUCCCACUACAUCAACAAAUUCCCCUGCCAUUCUUGCCAUUACUGCAAACUUACCUAAACUCAGCCCGACUGCCAAUUCUGUUAUACGCACUUGCAACACAAGUGGAGAUGCCACUUGCAGUAAUGACGAUGAUACAGACUUAGUUUUGUCUUGUGGGGCAGUGGUAAGUCACAGGGAGGAGGCCAGUGCUGUACUUUCACAGAUUGUGGCCUCCAUCCAGCCUCCCCAAACUCCUCCAGAGUCCCCCUCAGCACAUGCCAAAAACUUCAGUUCUGAGGAGCUGUAUGCCCUCCCACCUGAUGCCAUGAAGGAGACCCUUACCCGACCCAAGUCUAUUUUUUCCACAACAGAUGGUUGUCUUUCUAAGCCCAAGAAGGACACGCCUUCAAAAGUUUUGUCUAAAUCCCAGAGUGCCUCUGCUGCUGUCCCACUCUCCAGCCCCCGCUCAGAACCCAGUGCCCCCUCCCCCCCUCCUAGGUCUACGUCUUCCCCAUACCACGCCUCUAACAUCCUUCAAAGACAUUUUGGCAACUGGACCAAGAGCUCUGCCUCCAGUUCUCCUUUAAGACCCAGUGAAGGGGAAGGAAGUCCUGGUGGAGAUGGCAGACGUAUUUCUGCAGAAAGCUCCAAACCCAAACGCUGGAUCUCCUUCAAGAGCUUUUUUCGUCGGCGGAAAGAUGAGGAUGAACAGAGAGAGAAAGUGGAGAAGGAGAAGGGCAAGUUGGUUGGGAUUGAUGGGACAGUCAUUCAUAUUCUUCCACCACCACCAAUCCAAAAUCAUCACUGGUUCACUGAGGCCAAAGCAGAAGAUCCCACCCAGAAGCCAACCAUUAUCUUCACCUAUAAACCAGACAGUAGCAGCACCACUGGUGAUGGAGAGGGAGAACUACGAGUAGAGGAGUGCAGACAAACUUCACAACUGGCAUCUGAUGAGACCAAAGAACCCAGACCUUUGAGCCCAGGGCAGACGUCACCCUCACAGAACACUGGAGUUGAUCUCAUCAGCAAGGACAUCAGCCAGGUACCGGGCAGUGCCAGCAAUGCGAAGGAUCGGGAUGUACUCUGUGCCCCCUGUCAAAGUGCCAGAGUGAAUCUGGGUCUGGUGCUUGGGGAGGGCGAGGAGAGCCAUGCCAACCUGCUCGCCACACCAGCUUCAACCAGCGAGGGCAGCCUCGGAGAGCCGGAGGAGGACGGGAAUCACUCCCAUCACUCCCACUCUCCUGCCUCCAGCCAAUGCAGCGCCACAUACAGCAACAUCGGUCAAUCCAGAGCCAACAUGAUCCCACUGAAACAACCAAGGAAACAAGCAUCCACUGACACCUUGGCUUCCAUCGACCUGGACGGACCCGCCGACCAGCCAGCCCAUAAGGCCACACCCCCACCACUACCCAAGAAGGGUGUACCUCGCCACAGCACCGACUCGAGCCUGGGAGGCAAAGAGCAAACCCAGGGAGCCCAGAGACCCCGGGCUGAGGCUAAACCUGGGGGCACCAACCUCAGUGUGGCCAACCCUCUGUACGACUUGGACUCCACCUGGGAGACGGCAAGUCAGAGCUCCUCCCUCAGCUCCGAGCCUCAUCGAUCCCACAAUCACGAAAGUGGCGACUCACUAGAGAGGCCGUCAGCUGCUGCAGCCACCAACAGGGGCCACCCGACUAACAGCACGUCCUCCAUGGUUCCUCCGCCGGCGUUUGCUGCACCCAGCGCCACCGGCAGAGAGAGGAGACCCUACCCAAGUACAGAGUCUCUGGCUGGAAGGGGUCGGGCGACAGGUCGAGUUGCUGGUACUGGAGGGGGAGGAGGCCCCAAACCCCAGAGAUCUGCUCUCUACAGAGGUCUGGACAGCUGGGAUGAAGUGGUGGGGAAGAUCCGGGGUCUCCACACAGACACGCUGCGGAAGCUGGCAACGAAGUGCGAGGACCGUUUCAUGGCUGGCCAGAAGGAUCACCUGAGAUUUGGGACUGACAGCUGGUCCCUUUUCAGACUGACCACUGGGAAACCCUGCUGCGAGGCGGGUGAUGCUGUUUACUACACUGCUUCCUAUGCCAAGGACCCACUGGUCAACUACGCUAUCAAGAUUUGUCGCAGCAAAGUGAAGGAGACCCAACAGCAGUUCUUCCACAGUCUUGCAGUGAGACAGAGCCUGGCCGUGCACUUCAACAUCCAGCAGGACUGUGGUCACUUCCUGGCUGACGUACCGGCACGCCUGCUGCCGUGGGAGGAGGAAGAAGAUCAGGAGGAGGAAGAGGAUGAGGAGGAAGAAGACGCGAGCGCGCUGAAGGACAAAGAGAAAGAAACUAGGACGACAGACUCUAAAGCACCGAAUGAUAAAUUACACGAAACCCCAGCAACGGGUCACACAAGCACGGCCAAUCGCUUGAGGAGCCGAGUGGUGGUCAUCACACGUGAGGUGCCCUUCCAAACGGUGGCAGAUUUUGUGCGAGAGGGUGUCACUCGCCACACUCACAACCCGGAGCUGUACGAGCGGCAGAUCUGUCUCCUGCUGCUCCAGCUGUGCUCCGGCCUGGAGCAUAUGAAACCGUAUCACGUGACGCACUGUGACCUGCGACUGGAAAACCUGCUGCUGGUCAACUGCCAACCUGGCAACUCCUGGAACCUGGAAUUACUCGAGCCCAACAACAACAGCAACAGCACCAGCGGCUCAGGUGCAAACUCCGCCGGUUCUGUGGCAGCUGCCGCCAAUGCCACGUGUCCCGCCCGCCUCAUCAUCAGUAACUUCUCCCAGGCAAAGCAGAAGAGCACUCUCAUGGCUGCCGACCCCAGUACGCUGAGGGACCAGUCGCGCCUGGCGCCAGAGAUCGUCACGGCUACUCAAUACCGCAAAUGUGACGAGUUUCAGACCGGCAUUCUCAUCUACGAGAUGCUGCACCAGCACAAUCCCUUUGAGGAGAUGCCCGAGCUGAAGGAGAGGGAGUACACCUGGGCUGACCUGCCGCCGCUGCCCGUCAGGUCGCUCUACUCACAGGGCCUCCACCAGCUGGCCAGGUUACUGCUCACCGUCAACCCCUCCGAAAGGAUACGCAUGUCCGAGGCCCGGGCCUGCCUGCAGUGCCUCCUCUGGGGCCCUCGGGAGGACUUGUUCCAGGCGCUGGGCUGCAGCAGCGUAGGCCCCAUGUCAGGGGCCACAUCCAGCCAGCGCGAGGCCACACUCCAGAACUGGUUGGACCUGAAGCGGACGCUGAUGAUGAUCAAGUUUGCCGAGCGCUCGCUGGACACAGCUUGUGGCGUGAGCCUGGAGGACUGGCUUUGCUGCCAGUAUCUGGCGUUUGCCAACACGGACACCCUGAACCGGGUGGUGCACAUCCUGCAGCUGCCACAGCCGCAUCCAAAGUCCCAGAGCCAGCCGGCGCAGAACCAAACUCCAACCCAGACACAUCAAGCAAACACCUUCCACGUUACUCAGUCCCAGCCACUCUGAGCUCCUCUCCUCAACUGUUACUAUAGCAACUGAUCCAACGUUCCCCUGGGUGGUACCUCGGCUAAUGUUAAAGAAAGGGGGAUGGAAGCUAAUUGUCAGCUUUGACUGUGCAGCAGCCGCAGGGCUCACAACAAACCAGCUGGUCGUCCACUGUCUUUGUUGUCGUCAUGGACAAAUCAAUCCCCCUUGUGAGCGGCCAUGUUCCCGCCAAACAGCUCGGCUUCAUGAUCGGGGUCAUUCAUAUCACUCAGAUCAGCAACUGCAUCAUCCAGUGACCGUCUCACAUGGUUUUCAGACUUUAAAGGAAGCUGAUGCAGAGUUUCUUAGCUUUUCUUCUCACAUGUGAUUUAAACUAAACCAGGUCUGGAUCGAAGAAGUUAAUUAAACGUUUGAGGGAUUCUUACGUUCUGUAUUUUCUUCAGCCAAAUUCUGAAAUAGUUGUGGGAUUUAUUAGGUACAGUUGGCGGCUGUCUCUGUGCUUUAUUCGAGACGGACUCAAACGGAAUAAAAUAAAAAUGUUAUAUUGUCACACAUGAAUAUUUUACACAAGUUUCACCAGACUUCUGAUGCACCACAGUUCGAUUUUUGGAGAGGAAACUUGAGAUCAUUUGAAUUUUUAUUAUCCAAAUUAUUUAGGUCUUUGUUACAUUUAAGCAACAGUUCAAGCUUGAGAAGACGCAGAUUACAUUUUUUUACGAAUAGAAAAAGAGAAGUGAAGGAAAAUUAUUUGAAAUGAAGGCAAUGUGGGGAAAAUGAAAAGGUCUAAACGAAUAUCCUCUUCAAAAUUGGAGCAGAAGUGGCCAGAAGCUGAAUUUGACCUUUUCAAAAUCAAAUCUAAUCAGGGUCAGAUAUUUUUUUAAAUAAAGUGAGAUAUGUUUUUCCACUGAAGCCAAAGAUUGAGCACAAAUGGUUUUAUUUCAGUUUAAAGAAACUUUUAAGAUUUUUUUUUAUUAGCAGAGGUUUAUUUCAUGAAUACAGUCAGAUGUUAUUUAACAAUAACUAGAUUUAUCGUUUGAACAGAUGAGACUGAGUUAAAUGUCACUUUAAAAUCAUUACUUUACAAUAUUAUAAACCUUACACUUCAGGUUUUCCUGAUUGAGAGUAAGUGAUGAACCCUGAGCUGAUUUAGUUUUUUGCAGUUUUCCAAGCACAGUUAAAAAGUUUGAGAUGCUUUGAAGUUUAAAUGGGCCACAACUGCCCUAGCUGUUGGUUUGGUUUCUCCUCGGAGGAAGGUGCAAUUGUUUUAUCUUCUGUUGUUUCCUUUGGAUGUAACAGUGUAUGAACGUUUGCACAACAGUAUGCAGUCUCUUACUAAUCCUCUUCUCCAUUUGUUUUGUGGCACAUAAACUGAAUCAUUUCAGUUCAAUCCUGCGACAUCAGAAACAAAGUGAAUUUCAUUGUGAAGUUUUUUUUUUUCUUCCAGCGGACGGGAUGUUUCGGAGGACUGCAACAAGUUCUUCUUUUUCUGUUGUGUUGUUUUUGUCAAGUUGUGUCGGAACGGUUCUGUGCGUUACAGACGACAUUUGCACAUUCGGUCUGAACGUUGGUGCUCCUUGAUGGAGAUUGAAGACACGAUGAGGAUGAGGAUGAUGAUGAUGCACGAGGUUCCUUGUGAAUUUGAGGAGCUGGAUAUGUUGUUUUGCAGUGAGUGGAAUGUAAAAGGGUUUUUCAUUUUUUUAGUUUUGCCUGGACUGAAACAGACACUGGGGCCUGGUCUCAUCCACUUCAGAUCUUCCACUUUGUGAACCACUUAGCUUCACACGUAUGAACUAAUAGUUCAACCGCAGCCUUGAAGAGAAACUGCUCAACCACUGAGGCUUCCAUUCUUCCGGCCACGUUUCCCCCUCGUCCUCCUGUCGCAGCACCGCCGCUCGACAGACCCUAUGUGCUUCAACUAAACAAGCUCUGUGUUAUUGAUCAGUAACUUCCUGCCUGGAGUCAGUGGAAGCAGCGCGUGCACACAAGUCUCCCCAUUUUGAAUUUGUAUUUUUCUUGAGUUUUGUGCACAUGGGUUUAUUUGUGGUUGUGAUGAUCACCCACAUUGAAAAACAUCUGUGAGUCAGAACUGUUUGCUUCAGUGCGGAAUGUUCCCUUGACAUGGACGAUGUUUUCAAACUGACGCUGCAAAACAUCCACAAGUUUACUCUUUUCUUUCUCUUUCAUAUCCAAAACCUGCAGCAGUUCAUCUUCUCACUGAGGAGCAAGUGUACGUUUUGGGAUCAGGAUCCUGUUUGUUUUACUGCAGAUGUACAGAACAAGAGUUUGUUGCUGUGUUUUAAGGGUUUGUGUUCUAAGGAAUGUGUGUGGACAGCACUGGUGGCUGUCCUUGUAUCUAGAGAUUUAAGCCUUUAUAUAUUAUAUAUAGUAUAAAUAUACAUAUAUAAUCUUUAUCUAUUUUAAUCCACACACUAUUUUGUCAAGUACAGAGCACCUGUAUUUCUGUCUUUGGAGUCCAAAUAUCAUUUAUUCAUUUACUUGACGUUCCUUAUUCUGGCUUGUUUUGGGGAGUAGUUAUCACUGUCCUGAACAGAGGAUAAAUAAAAAUCAAUCUUACUCUUCAGUCGCAUUCAUGUACAGAACAAUGUACAGUAUUUUUACCCCUCUGCUGAGGAGAUGAACCACUUUGAAAUGAGGCUGAAGGAGGAUUUCGGAACGUACCAUGACAAACCCAGCAUUUAUCGACAGCAAAUAUUCAGCUUCUUGUGUUGUAUUUUUUCUCUUUGCUCUGUUUUCUCUCGUUGCGUUGUUUAUUGCCACUGAACAGACAAACGGAAGCUCUCAGAGGAUUUCUAUUGAAAUGUGUACAGUAUGUCUCCUGGCUUGCCGCCCUUUAUUGUUGAUGGAGUUAACCGACAGUAACAGAACAAUAAAUAUAUGUUUUUAUAGAU